UCCCACAAACGCAUCGCAUCAUCACUGCAAGUACAAGCAGCAGCAAACUCGUGUGAUCGAGCAAUAUUUAGUGAGUUCGUUCAAAAAGCAAUAUUUGGUGAGAUGGGUCUGAGGGCGUUGAGGCUGCUGGCCAUGGCCAUGGCCGUGGUGGCGCUGGCCUCGCCGGCACCGGUGUCCGGGCAGGUGGUCGCCGGGCCGCUGCAGUGCACGGCGUCGCUGAUCUCCAGCUUCACCCCGUGCCUCAACUUCAUCAUCAACAGCACCGCGUCCCCGACGGCCGACUGCUGCCGCUCCCUGGGGGCGCUGAUGAAGGCGAGCACCGGCUGCGCCUGCCUCAUCCUCACCGGCAGCGUGCCGCUCGGCGUGCCCGUCAACCGGACCAUGGCCGUCACGCUGCCCAGGGCAUGCAACAACGCCUCCGUCCCGCUGCAGUGCCGAGACGCGACGACGUCGGCUCAGUCCCCAGCUCCGGGUCCGGUCGCUGAUGCGCCUGCUCCCUUCUUGGCUCCUCUGCCGCCCGUGACGCCGGCGCCGGUGGCAACGCCGGAGCCUGACACGCCGGCGCCGGCGGCGCCUGUAGUGGAGCCCACGGCCACGGCGCCGGUGAGCCAGGGGCAGACGAGGCCGACGGUUGUGCCCAGCGCUGCCUGGAGGGCGAGCGCCGACGUGUCCAUGGGGCCUGCCAUUGUAUUGCUGCUUGCAGUAGCUGGAGCCGCCAUGGUGUGAGAUACUGAGAUGUGAUGAUCCCCUGGAUGUGGCUAUUAGCUUAAGAAUAAGCGUUGGAUUUGUAUUCAUUGGUGGAGUGUUUUGGAUUGUAUUAUUAAUAUUUCUUUGUUAGCAAUUUGGGGUUCUGACCUUGCAGUGCAUGUAAUUAGUCUAUUCUUUCAGGUAGGUUGAGAAUGGCAAGAUUAAUGUACUGUUAUGGUGCAACGUAUUUUCUCGUGCCGUCAAAUUUGAUUUUUCUUUUUUAAGAAAGGGGAGAUGGCUAAUGAGUGGAGGUUUAUUA